CCAACCAUUCUGCAUCGCCCGGAGUAACAGCCACGCAGACUAGAAAAAAGGUAAAACGCACUUUCUAAGGGGAGAGAGUGAGAAGGGAGGGGAGAGAGAAAAACGCCCUGGACACGGAGGGAGACUCGGGUUGAUAAAGCAAGAAAAGUUUUUUUUUUAUGAGAGAAAUAAGGUUUAAUUGGGAAGAAGAAUACGUGCUUUUAUCGACUGCUGGGACCGCAGGAGGAGAAGAGGACACUGCCGAAGAUGCUCAAGCUGCUGUGUUAAAGUUGUUGCAACUCAGACUGCUCAUAGACCAACAGGAAGCAAAGAGACAGAGCCCUUGGCCUUGCUUGAGCAAUCCAAAGUACGAAAACCAAGGCAGAAACAAACGACACCAGAGCAUAGACAGAGGACAAGAAAAAACAAAGGAUGGCUGAGGAGGAGGAAACCAGGGAGGUGCUCUUCUCUGACUGGUCGGGUCCAGAAAAACAGGGAAUGACCCUUGAGCAGUCAGGCGAAGGAGAGAUCUAUGUCAAAGAGGUGAAAAUGGAGUCGCCUGCUGGACGCACUGGAAGAGUACAUGAGGGUGAUCAAAUUGUGGGUGCCACCAUCUAUUUUGACAACAUGAGUUCCAAGGAGACGACGGAGCUCCUCAAGACCCUAAACAAACACAAGGUUGGACUGAAACUACAGAACAAGGACAAGUCACCAUGCCGCUCCCCCAUGGGCACUCUGUCACCCUGCCGCUCCCCAAUGGGAACUCUGACGUAUGAAGGGAGAGGAAGGGUUGGAGGCUCCAGCCAAGACAUUAUCCUGAGUGGGGAUGAUGAAGAUUACAAGAGAAUAUAUUCCAAGAAGAUUAAGCCCCGGCUGAAGUCUGAGGAUCUGGCGGAGGGCGUGGACGUCCGUACGGAGCGUCACAGCAGCACCAGCACCGACGGCAGCACGAUCACUACCAUCACCCGUCGCAUCACUACCUACACUGUGGACAUGCCAGAGGGCGUGGACGAGCAGCUUGAUCUAACCAGCCCAGAGUUUAAAGGGCAACGGUACGAGCAGUCAGGAGGGGGCAGCUCGUCUCAAAUCCGAGUUUUACACGGAAGCGGAAGCUCUUCAGGUAUAGGAGGUGUUGGAGGGGGUGAUUUUGAACUAGGAGGUGAUGGUGUUUCCUUCACUGGGCCGGAUGUAACUAGCUCUUCUGAGAAGCACUGGAGCACUGGAGGGGUGAAGACCACCACUGUUACAAGGCAGAUAGAGGGGGGAGAUGGUGGAGCAGCAGGGAUCAGAUUCAAAGGAUCUAGCUUUGGGAUGCCUGGGGCGAAGGGUCAGCGGGAGUUUGGCCUCUAUAGAGGGGGUGAGCAGGGGGAGCAGGGGGGCUUUCAGGUUUCAGGUGACUCAGCUGACUACCAGGCAGGAUCAGUCAAUGUCACGGCACCUGGAAAAACAACAAAUAUUUCAUCCAGCUCCAUAUCAAUGGGUAAAGGGGAGGUGAGAGGAGUAGACGUUCAUUUGCCUGGUAGAGGCAGUGCAGACUGGCAGGGUAGGGUCGGAGGUUCAGUACCUGGAAUAACCAUUAGUGAUCAACAGGUGAGAGGGUCUGGGAGCGUAGGUCUCUCCAGAGGCAACCAGGGUGGGGUUUCCUUACCCAACAUGCCAGGCAUUGAUACAGGCUUGAAUGGGGGCAAGAUAUCAACAGACAUAAGAGUGCCAACACUUGACAUCAAUACAGGCAUGAAGGAGUCUGUAAAAGAAACACCAAUGGAAAGCAGACUCAAAGGUGGCAUCAAAAUGCCAUCGUUUGGACUGAACACUGGAGGUGCAGAAAGCGAUGGAGAUGUUAAACUACGGAAGGUCAAGGGUAGUGUAGAUGUUUCGGUACCUGGGGUAGAUGUAGAUUUAUCAGGCGCAUCUAUGAAUAUGAAAGGAGGAAAGACGAUAGGUGGUGUUGCCAUCAAAGCACCCAAAGUAGACAUUAAAGGUUCAGGUGUUGAUAUAGAAGGUCCAGAAGGCGGAUUCAAGAUACCCAAAGAAAAGAUACCAUCAUUUGGAGUCAGAGGAGCCGGACUUGAGGGUCCUGGUAUCGAUGUCAACCUACCAAAAACUGACAUUGACAUCAGAGCUCCCAAAGUAGACAUUGAAGUGCCAGAUGUUGACAUUGAAGGUUCAGGAGGAUUUAAGAUGCCAAAGAUGAAGAUGCCCUCAUUUGGAAUCAAAGGAUCUAAAUUGGAGGGUCCAGAUAUUGAUGUCAACCUACCAAAAGCUGACAUUGACAUCAAGGCUCCCAAAGUUGACAUUAAAGGUCCAUCAAUAUCAGGACCAAAGAUCUCAAUGCCCGAUGUGGACUUCAAUCUAAAAGGCCCAAAGGUGAAGGGGGAUUUGGGUUUGUCAGGGGACCUCAAAGCACCCAAAGUAGACAUUGAAGGUCCAGAUGUUGACAUUGGAGGUUCAGGAGGAUUUAAGAUGCCAAAGAUGAAGAUGCCAUCAUUUGGAAUCAAAGGGUCCAACGUUGAGGGAGAAGUUGAUGUCAAACUACCUAAAGGUGACAUUGACAUCAAGGGACCUAAUGUUAACAUCAAAGGUCCAGAACUUGACUUCCAAGGCCCUGAUGGGAAAAUCAAGGUUCCAAAAUUCACGAUGCCAUCAAUGUCAGGCCCAAACAUCUCAAUGCCUGAUAUGGACAUCAAUCUGAAAGGUCCAAAGGUGAAGGGAGAUGUGGAUGUGUCAGUGCCAAAGCUAGAAGGAGACAUCAAGGCUCCCAAAGUUGACAUUAAAGGGCCAUCAAUAUCAGGACCAAAGAUCUCAAUGCCCGAUGUGGACUUCAAUCUAAAAGGCCCAAAGGUGAAGGGAGAUUUGGGUAUGUCAGGAGACUUCAAAGCACCCAAAGUAGACAUUGAAGGUCCAGAUGUUGACAUUGAAGGAUCAGGGGGAUUUAAGAUGCCAAAGAUGAAGAUUCCCUCAUUUGGAAUCAAAGGAUCUAAAUUGGAGGGUCCAGAUAUUGAUGUCAACCUACCAAAAGCUGACAUUGACAUCAAGGCUCCCAAAGUUGACAUUAAAGGUCCAUCAAUAUCAGGACCAAAGAUCUCAAUGCCCGAUGUGGACUUCAAUCUAAAAGGCCCAAAGGUGAAGGGAGAUGUGGAUGUGUCAGUGCCAAAGCUAGAAGGAGACAUCAAGGCUCCCAAAGUUGACAUUAAAGGGCCAUCAAUAUCAGGACCAAAGAUCUCAAUGCCCGAUGUGGACUUCAAUCUGAAAGGCCCAAAGGUGAAGGGAGAUUUGGGUAUGUCAGGAGACUUCAAAGCACCCAAAGUAGACGUUGAAGGUCCAGAUGUUGACAUUGAAGGAUCAGGAGGAUUUAAGAUGCCAAAGAUGAAGAUGCCAUCAUUUGGAAUCAAAGGAUCUAAAUUGGAGGGUCCAGAUAUUGAUGUCAACCUACCAAAAGCUGACAUUGACAUCAAGGCUCCCAAAGUUGACAUUAAAGGUCCAUCAAUAUCAGGACCAAAGAUCUCAAUGCCCGAUGUGGACUUCAAUCUGAAAAGCCCAAAGGUGAAGGGGGAUUUGGGUUUGUCAGGGGACCUCAAAGCACCCAAAGUAGACAUUGAAGGUCCAGAUGUUGACACUGGAGGUUCAGGAGGAUUUAAGAUGCCAAAGAUGAAGAUGCCAUCAUUUGGAAUCAAAGGGUCCAAAGUUGAGGGAGAAGUUGAUGUCAAACUACCUAAAGGUGACAUUGACAUCAAGGGACCUAAUGUUAACAUCAAAGGUCCAGAACUUGACUUCGAAGGCCCUGAUGGGAAAAUCAAGGGUCCAAAAUUCACGAUGCCAUCAAUGUCAGGCCCAAACAUCUCAAUGCCUGAUAUGGACAUCAAUCUGAAAGGUCCAAAGGUGAAGGGAGAUGUGGAUGUGUCAGUGCCAAAGCUAGAAGGAGACAUCAAGGCUCCCAAAGUUGACAUUAAAGGUCCAUCAAUAUCAGGACCAAAGAUCUCAAUGCCCGAUGUGGACUUCAAUCUAAAAGGCCCAAAGGUGAAGGGAGAUUUGGGUAUGUCAGGAGACUUCAAAGCACCCAAAGUAGACGUUGAAGGUCCAGAUGUUGACAUUGAAGGUUCAGGAGGAUUUAAGAUGCCAAAGAUGAAGAUUCCCUCAUUUGGAAUCAAAGGAUCUAAAUUGGAGGGUCCAGAUAUUGAUGUCAACCUACCAAAAGCUGACAUUGACAUCAAGGCUCCCAAAGUUGACAUUAAAGGUCCAUCAAUAUCAGGACCAAAGAUCUCAAUGCCCGAUGUGGACUUCAAUCUGAAAAGCCCAAAGGUGAAGGGGGAUUUGGGUUUGUCAGGGGACCUCAAAGCACCCAAAGUAGACAUUGAAGGUCCAGAUGUUGACAUUGGAGGUUCAGGAGGAUUUAAGAUGCCAAAGAUGAAGAUGCCAUCAUUUGGAAUCAAAGGGUCCAAAGUUGAGGGAGAAGUUGAUGUCAAACUACCUAAAGGUGACAUUGACAUCAAGGGACCUAAUGUUAACAUCAAAGGUCCAGAACUUGACUUCGAAGGCCCUGAUGGGAAAAUCAAGGUUCCAAAAUGCAAGAUGCCAUCAAUGUCAGGCCCAAACAUCUCAAUGCCUGAUAUGGACAUCAAUCUGAAAGGUCCAAAGGUGAAGGGAGAUGUGGAUGUGUCAGUGCCAAAGCUAGAAGGAGACAUCAAGGCUCCCAAAGUUGACAUUAAAGGGCCAUCAAUAUCAGGACCAAAGAUCUCAAUGCCCGAUGUGGACUUCAAUCUGAAAAGCCCAAAGGUGAAGGGGGAUUUGGGUUUGUCAGGGGACCUCAAAGCACCCAAAGUAGACAUUGAAGGUCCAGAUGUUGACAUUGGAGGUUCAGGAGGAUUUAAGAUGCCAAAGAUGAAGAUGCCAUCAUUUGGAAUCAAAGGGUCCAAAGUUGAGGGAGAAGUUGAUGUCAAACUACCUAAAGGUGACAUUGACAUCAAGGGACCUAAUGUUAACAUCAAAGGUCCAGAACUUGACUUCCAAGGCCCUGAUGGGAAAAUCAAGGUUCCAAAAUGCAAGAUGCCAUCAAUGUCAGGCCCAAACAUCUCAAUGCCUGAUAUGGACAUCAAUCUGAAAGGUCCAAAGGUGAAGGGAGAUGUGGAUGUGUCAGUGCCAAAGCUAGAAGGAGACAUCAAGGCUCCCAAAGUUGACAUUAAAGGGCCAUCAAUAUCAGGACCAAAGAUCUCAAUGCCCGAUGUGGACUUCAAUCUGAAAGGCCCAAAGGUGAAGGGAGAUUUGGGUAUGUCAGGAGACUUCAAAGCACCCAAAGUAGACGUUGAAGGUCCAGAUGUUGACAUUGAAGGAUCAGGAGGAUUUAAGAUGCCAAAGAUGAAGAUGCCCUCAUUUGGAAUCAAAGGAUCUAAAUUGGAGGGUCCAGAUAUUGAUGUCAACCUACCAAAAGCUGACAUUGACAUCAAGGCUCCCAAAGUUGACAUUAAAGGUCCAUCAAUAUCAGGACCAAAGAUCUCAAUGCCCGAUGUGGACUUCAAUCUGAAAAGCCCAAAGGUGAAGGGGGAUUUGGGUUUGUCAGGGGACCUCAAAGCACCCAAAGUAGACAUUGAAGGUCCAGAUGUUGACAUUGGAGGUUCAGGAGGAUUUAAGAUGCCAAAGAUGAAGAUGCCAUCAUUUGGAAUCAAAGGGUCCAAAGUUGAGGGAGAAGUUGAUGUCAAACUACCUAAAGGUGACAUUGACAUCAAGGGACCUAAUGUUAACAUCAAAGGUCCAGAACUUGACUUCGAAGGCCCUGAUGGGAAAAUCAAGGGUUCAAAAUUCAAGAUGCCAUCAAUGUCAGGCCCAAACAUCUCAAUGCCUGAUAUGGACAUCAAUCUGAAAGGUCCAAAGGUGAAGGGAGAUGUGGAUGUGUCAGUGCCAAAGCUAGAAGGAGACAUCAAGGCUCCCAAAGUUGACAUUAAAGGGCCAUCAAUAUCAGGACCAAAGAGCUCAAUGCCCGAUGUGGACUUCAAUCUGAAAGGCCCAAAGGUGAAGGGAGAUUUGGGUAUGUCAGGAGACUUCAAAGCACCCAAAGUAGACAUUGAAGGUCCAGAUGUUGACAUUGAAGGUUCAGGAGGAUUUAAGAUGCCAAAGAUGAAGAUGCCCUCAUUUGGAAUCAAAGGAUCUAAAUUGGAGGGUCCAGAUAUUGAUGUCAACCUACCAAAAGCUGACAUUGACAUCAAAGCUCCCAAAGUUGACAUUAAAGGUCCAUCAAUAUCAGGACCAAAGAUCUCAAUGCCCGAUGUGGACUUCAACCUGAAAGGCCCAAAGGUGAAGGGGGAUUUGGGUAUGUCAGGAGACUUCAAAGCACCCAAAGUAGACGUUGAAGGUUCAGAUGUUGACAUUGAAGGAUCAGGAGGAUUUAAGAUGCCGAAGGUGAAGAUGCCCUCAUUUGGAAUCAAAGGUCCCAAAGUUGAGGGAGAUGUUGAUGUCAAACUACCUAAAGGUGACAUUGACAUCAAGGGACCUAAUGUUAACAUCAAAGGUCCAGAACUUGACUUCGAAUGCCCUGAUGGGAAAAUCAAGGGUCCAAAAUUCACGAUGCCAUCAAUGUCAGGCCCAAAGAUCUCAAUGCCCAAUGUGGACUUCAAUCUGAAAGGUCCAAAGCUGAAGGGAGAUGUAGAUGUGUCAGUGCCAAAGCUAGAAGGAGACAUCAAGGCUCCCAAAGUUGACAUUAAAGGGCCAUCAAUAUCAGGACCAAAGAUCUCAAUGCCCGAUGUGGACUUCAAUCUGAAAGGCCCAAAGGUGAAGGGAGAUUUGGGUAUGUCAGGAGACUUCAAAGCACCCAAAGUAGACGUUGAAGGUCCAGAUGUUGACAUUGAAGGAUCAGGAGGAUUUAAGAUGCCAAAGAUGAAGAUGCCCUCAUUUGGAAUCAAAGGAUCUAAAUUGGAGGGUCCAGAUAUUGAUGUCAACCUACCAAAAGCUGACAUUGACAUCAAGGCUCCCAAAGUUGACAUUAAAGGUCCAUCAAUAUCAGGACCAAAGAUCUCAAUGCCCGAUGUGGACUUCAAUCUGAAAAGCCCAAAGGUGAAGGAUUUGGGUUUGUCAGGGGACCUCAAAGCACCCAAAGUAGACAUUGAAGGUCCAGAUGUUGACAUUGGAGGUUCAGGAGGAUUUAAGAUGCCAAAGAUGAAGAUGCCAUCAUUUGGAAUCAAAGGGUCCAAAGUUGAGGGAGAAGUUGAUGUCAAACUACCUAAAGGUGACAUUGACAUCAAGGGACCUAAUGUUAACAUCAAAGGUCCAGAACUUGACUUCGAAGGCCCUGAUGGGAAAAUCAAGGGUUCAAAAUUCAAGAUGCCAUCAAUGUCAGGCCCAAACAUCUCAAUGCCUGAUAUGGACAUCAAUCUGAAAGGUCCAAAGGUGAAGGGAGAUGUGGAUGUGUCAGUGCCAAAGCUAGAAGGAGACAUCAAGGCUCCCAAAGUUGACAUUAAAGGGCCAUCAAUAUCAGGACCAAAGAGCUCAAUGCCCGAUGUGGACUUCAAUCUGAAAGGCCCAAAGGUGAAGGGAGAUUUGGGUAUGUCAGGAGACUUCAAAGCACCCAAAGUAGACAUUGAAGGUCCAGAUGUUGACAUUGAAGGUUCAGGAGGAUUUAAGAUGCCAAAGAUGAAGAUGCCCUCAUUUGGAAUCAAAGGAUCUAAAUUGGAGGGUCCAGAUAUUGAUGUCAACCUACCAAAAGCUGACAUUGACAUCAAAGCUCCCAAAGUUGACAUUAAAGGUCCAUCAAUAUCAGGACCAAAGAUCUCAAUGCCCGAUGUGGACUUCAACCUGAAAGGCCCAAAGGUGAAGGGGGAUUUGGGUAUGUCAGGAGACUUCAAAGCACCCAAAGUAGACGUUGAAGGUUCAGAUGUUGACAUUGAAGGAUCAGGAGGAUUUAAGAUGCCGAAGGUGAAGAUGCCCUCAUUUGGAAUCAAAGGUCCCAAAGUUGAGGGAGAUGUUGAUGUCAAACUACCUAAAGGUGACAUUGACAUCAAGGGACCUAAUGUUAACAUCAAAGGUCCAGAACUUGACUUCGAAUGCCCUGAUGGGAAAAUCAAGGGUCCAAAAUUCACGAUGCCAUCAAUGUCAGGCCCAAAGAUCUCAAUGCCCGAUGUGGACUUCAAUCUGAAAGGUCCAAAGCUGAAGGGAGAUGUAGAUGUGUCAGUGCCAAAGCUAGAAGGAGACAUCAAGGCUCCCAAAGUUGACAUUAAAGGUCCAUCAAUAUCAGGACCAAAGAUCUCAAUGCCCGAUGUGGACUUCAAUCUGAAAGGUCCCAAGCUGAAGGGAGAUGUGGAUGUGUCAGUGCCAAAGAUAAAAGGAGACAUCAAAUCCCCGAAAGUAGACAUUGAAGGUCCAGAUGUUGACUUUGAAGGAUCAGGAGGAUUUAAGUUGCCAAAGAUGAAGAUGCCCUCAUUUGGAAUCAAAGGAUCUAAAUUGGAGGGUCCAGAUAUUGAUGUCAACCUACCAAAAGCUGACAUUGACAUCAAUGCUCCCAAAGUUGACAUUAAAGGUCCAUCAAUAUCAGUACCAAAGAUCUCAAUGCCCGAUGUGGACUUCAACCUGAAAGGUCCAAAGAUGAAAGGAGAUUUUGAUUUGUCAGGAGACCUCAAAGCACCUAAAGUAGACAUUGAAGGACCAGAUGUUGACAUUGAAGGUUCAGGAGGAUUUAAGAUGCCAAAGAUGAAGAUGCCGUCGUUUGGAAUCAAAGGAUCUAAUUUGGAGGGUCCAGAUAUUGAUGUCAACCUACCAAAAGCUGACAUUGACAUCAAGGCUCCCAAAGUUGACAUUAAAGGUCCAUCAAUAUCAGGACCAAAGAUCUCAAUGCCCGAUGUGGACUUCAAUCUAAAAGGGCCGAAGGUGAAGGGAGAUGUGGAUGUGUCAUUGCCAAAGAUGAAAGGCGACCUCAAAGCACCCAAAGCAGACAUUGAAUUACCAGAUGUUGACAUUGAAGGUUCAGGAGGAAUUAAAAUGCCAAAGAUGAAGAUGCCGUCUAUGUCUGGCCCCAAAAUGUCAAUGCCUGAUGUUGAUUUCAGUCUCAAAGGGCCAAAGUUCAAAGGGGGAGUUGAGGGAGAAAUGAGUACACCCAAAUCUGAAUUUGAAGGAUUGGAUAUCUCAGUAGAGAGUCCAGACAUUGCACCAAAGAAGUCUAAGUUCAAAAUGCCAAAGUUUGGAUUCAAAGGGCCCAAAGUCAAGUCUCCUGAGGUUGAUGUAAAGCUAGCAAAAGCAGAUAUCAGUAUCAAAGCACCGAAAGGUAGUGUUCCAGACCUUGACCUUGACAUUGGGGCUAACAGCCCUAAAGUCAAAGGAUCCAAAUUCAAAAUGCCUAAAUUUGGAUUCAAAAGCCCGAAGGUAGAGAUGCCAGAUGUAGAUAUUAAUCUUCCUAAAGCUGACAUUGACUUCAAGGGACCCAAUGUCGAUAUUAAAGGUCCUCAUAUUGACAUUGAAAGUCCUGAUGGCAAAAUCAAGGCACCAAAAAACAAGAUGCCAUCAAUAUCAGGACCAAAGAUCUCUAUGCCUGAUGUGGACUUCAACCUGAAAGGUCCAAAGGUGAAAGGAGAUGUGAAUGUUUCAGUCCCCAAGAUCGAAGGAGACAUCAAAGGUGCAAACGUAGACAUUGAAGGCCCAGAUGGUAAAAUCAAAGGGACGAAAUUCAAGAUGCCAUCAAUAUCUGGACCAAACAUCUCAAUGCCUGACAUGGACUUCAACCUGAAAGGUCCAAAGAUGAAGGGAGAUCUGGAUCUGUCAGGAAACCUCAAAGCACCCAAAGUAGACAUUGAAGGUCCAGAUGUUGACAUUGAAGGUUCAGGAGGAUUUAAGAUGCCGAAGAUGAAGAUGCCGUCAUUUGGAAUCAAAGUACCCAAAGUUGAGGGAGAUUUUGAUGUCAAUCUACCUAAAGGCGACAUUGACAUUGAAGGUCCAGAAAUUGACAUCGCAGGUCCAGAUGGUAAAAUCAAAGGGCCGAAAUUCAAGAUGCCAUCAAUAUCUGGGCCAAACAUCUCUAUGCCUGAUGUGGACUUCAACCUGAAAGGUCCAAAGAUGAAGGGAGAUCUGGAUAUGUCAGGAAACCUCAAAGCACCCAAAGUAGACAUUGAAGGUCCAGAUGUUGACAUUGAAGGUUCAGGAGGAUUUAAGAUGCCAAAGAUGAAGAUGCCUUCGUUUGGAAUCAAAGGUCCCAAACUUGAGGGUCCAGAUAUUGAUGUCAACCUACCUAAAGCUGACAUUGACAUCAAGGCUCCCAAAAUUGAUAUUAAAGGUCCAGAACUUGACAUUGAAGGUCCAGAUGGUAAAAUCAAAGGGCCGAAAUUCAAGAUGCCAUCAAUAUCUGGACCAAAGAUCUCUAUGCCUGAUGUGGACUUCAACCUGAAAGGUCCAAAGAUGAAGGGAGAUCUGGAUAUGUCAGGAAACCUCAAAGCACCCAAAGUAGACAUAGAAGGUCCAGAUGUUGAUAUUGAAGGUUCAGGAGGAUUUAAGAUGCCAAAGAUGAAGAUGCCCUCAUUUGGAUUCAAAGGACCCAAAGUUGAGGGAGAUUUUGAUGUCAAUCUACCUAAAGGCGACAUUGACAUUGAAGGUCCAGAAAUUGACAUUGCAGGUCCAGAUGGUAAUAUCAAAGGGCCGAAAUUCAAGAUGCCAUCAAUAUCAGGACCAAACAUCUCAAUGCCUGACAUGGACUUCAACCUCAAAGGUCCAAAAAUUAAGGGAGAUCUGGAUAUGUCAGGAAACCUCAAAGCACCCAAAGUAGACAUUGAAGGUCCAGAUGUUGACAUUGAAGGUUCAGGAGGAUUUAAGAUGCCAAAGAUGAAGAUGCCUUCAUUUGGAUUCAAAGGUCCCAAACUUGAGGGUCCAGAUAUUGAUGUCAACCUACCUAAAGCUGACAUUGACAUCAAGGCUCCCAAAAUUGAUAUUAAAGGUCCAGAACUUGACAUUGAAGGUCCAGAUGGUAAAAUCAAAGGGCCAAAAUUCAAGAUGCCAUCAAUAUCAGGGCCAAACAUCUCAAUGCCUGACAUGGACUUCAACCUGAAAGGUCCAAAGAUGAAGGGAGAUCUGGAUAUGUCAGGAAACCUCAAAGCACCCAAAGUAGACAUUGAAGGUCCAGAUGUUGACAUUGAAGGUUCAGGAGGAUUUAAGAUGCCAAAGAUGAAGAUGCCCUCAUUUGGAUUCAAAGGACCCAAAGUUGAGGGAGAUUUUGAUGUCAAUCUACCUAAAGGCGACAUUGACAUUGAAGGUCCAGAAAUUGACAUUGCAGGUCCAGAUGGUAAAAUGAAAGGGCCGAAAUUCAAGAUGCCAUCAAUAUCUGGACCAAAGAUCUCUAUGCCUGAUGUGGACUUCAACCUGAAAGGUCCAAAGGUGAAAGGAGAUGUGAAUGUUUCAGUCCCCAAGAUCGAAGGAGACAUCAAAGGUCCAAACCUAGACAUUGAAGGUCCAGAUGGUAAAAUCAAAGGGUCGAAAUUCAAGAUGCCAUCAAUAUCAGGACCAAACAUCUCAAUGCCUGACAUGGACUUCAACCUGAAAGGUCCAAAGAUGAAGGGAGAUCUGGAUAUGUCAGGAAACCUCAAAGCACCCAAAGUAGACAUUGAAGGUCCAGAUGUUGACAUUGAAAGUUCAGGAGGAUUUAAGAUGCCAAAGAUGAAGAUGCCCUCAUUUGGAUUCAAAGGACCCAAAGUUGAGGGAGAUUUUGAUGUCAAUCUACCUAAAGGCGACAUUGACAUUGAAGGUCCAGAAAUUGACAUUGCAGGUCCAGAUGGUAAAAUCAAAGGGUCGAAAUUCAAGAUGCCAUCAAUAUCUGGACCAAAGAUCUCUAUGCCUGAUGUGGACUUCAACCUGAAAGGUCCAAAGGUGAAAGGAGAUGUGAAUGUUUCAGUCCCCAAGAUCGAAGGAGACAUCAAAGGUCCAAACCUAGACAUUGAAGGUCCAGAUGGUAAAAUCAAAGGGUCGAAAUUCAAGAUGCCAUCAAUAUCAGGACCAAACAUCUCAAUGCCUGACAUGGACUUCAACCUGAAAGGUCCAAAGAUGAAGGGAGAUCUGGAUAUGUCAGGAAACCUCAAAGCACCCAAAGUAGACAUUGAAGGUCCAGAUGUUGACAUUGAAGGUUCAGGAGGAUUUAAGAUGCCAAAGAUGAAAAUGCCUUCGUUUGGAUUCAAAGGUCCCAAACUUGAGGGUCCAGAUAUUGAUGUCAACCUACCUAAAGCUGACAUUGACAUCAAGGCUCCCAAAAUUGAUAUUAAAGGUCCAGAACUUGACAUUGAAGGGCCAGAUGGUAAAAUCAAAGGGCCAAAAUUCAAGAUGCCAUCAAUAUCUGGACCAAAGAUCUCUAUGCCUGAUGUGGACUUCAACCUGAAAGGUCCAAAGGUGAAAGGAGAUGUGAAUGUUUCAGUCCCCAAGAUUGAAGGAGACAUCAAAGGUCCAAACCUAGACAUUGAAGGUCCAGAUGGUAAAAUCAAAGGUCCAAAAUUCAAGAUGCCAUCAAUAUCAGGACCAAACAUCUCAAUGCCUGACAUGGACUUCAACCUGAAAGGUCCAAAGAUGAAGGGAGAUCUGGAUAUGUCAGGAAACCUCAAAGCACCCAAAGUAGACAUUGAAGGUCCAGAUGUUGACAUUGAAGGUUCAGGAGGAUUUAAGAUGCCAAAGAUGAAGAUGCCUUCGUUUGGAUUCAAAGGACCCAAAGUUGAGGGAGAUUUUGAUGUCAAUCUACCUAAAGGCGACAUUGACAUUGAAGGUCCAGAAAUUGACAUUGCAGGUCCAGAUGGUAAAAUCAAAGGGCCGAAAUUCAAGAUGCCAUCAAUAUCUGGACCAAAGAUCUCUAUGCCUGAUGUGGACUUCAACCUGAAAGGUCCAAAGAUGAAGGGAGAUCUGGAUAUGUCAGGAAACCUCAAAGCACCCAAAGUAGACAUUGAAGGUCCAGAUGUUGACAUUGAAGGUUCAGGAGGAUUUAAGAUGCCAAAGAUGAAGAUGCCUUCAUUUGGAUUCAAAGGUCCCAAACUUGAGGGUCCAGAUAUUGAUGUCAACCUACCUAAAGCUGACAUUGACAUCAAGGCUCCCAAAAUUGAUAUUAAAGGUCCAGAACUUGACAUUGAAGGUCCAGAUGGUAAAAUCAAAGGGCCGAAAUUCAAGAUGCCAUCAAUAUCUGGACCAAACAUCUCAAUGCCUGACAUGGACUUCAACCUGAAAGGUCCAAAGAUGAAGGGAGAUCUGGAUAUGUCAGGAAACCUCAAAGCACCCAAAGUAGACAUUGAAGGUCCAGAUGUUGACAUUGAAGGUUCAGGAGGAUUUAAGAUGCCAAAGAUGAAGAUGCCUUCGUUUGGAUUCAAAGGACACAAAGUUGAGGGAGAUUUUGACGUCAAUCUACCUAAAGGCGACAUUGACAUUGAAGGUCCAGAAAUUGACAUUGCAGGUCCAGAUGGUAAAAUCAAAGGGCCGAAAUUCAAGAUGCCAUCAAUAUCUGGACCAAAGAUCUCUAUGCCUGAUGUGGAUUUCAACCUGAAAGGUCCAAAGAUGAAGGGAGAUCUGGAUAUGUCAGGAAACCUCAAAGCACCCAAAGUAGACAUUGAGGGUCCAGAUGUUGACAUUGAAGGUUCAGGAGGAUUUAAGAUGCCAAAGAUGAAGAUGCCUUCGUUUGGAAUCAAAGGACCCAAAGUUGAUGGAGAUUUUGAUGUCAAUCUACCUAAAGGCGACAUUGACAUUGAAGGUCCAGAAAUUGACAUUGAAGGUCCAGAUGGUAAAAUCAAAGGGCCGAAAUUCAAGAUGCCAUCAAUAUCUGGACCAAAGAUCUCUAUGCCUGACAUCGACUUCAACCUGAAAGGUCCAAAGAUGAAGGGAGAUCUGGAUAUGUCAGGAAACCUCAAAGCACCCAAAGUAGACAUUGAAGGUCCAGAUGUUGACAUUGAAGGUUCAGGAGGAUUUAAGAUGCCAAAGAUGAAGAUGCCCUCGUUUGGAAUCAAAGGACCCAAAGUUGAGGGAGAUUUUGAUGUCAAUCUACCUAAAGGCGACAUUGACAUUGAAGGUCCAGAAAUUGACAUUGAAGGUCCAGAUGGUAAAAUCAAAGGGCCGAAAUUCAAGAUGCCAUCAAUAUCUGGACCAAAGAUCUCUAUGCCUGAUGUGGACUUCAACCUGAAAGGUCCAAAGGUGAAAGGAGACGUGAAUGUUUCAGUCCCCAAGAUCGAAGGAGACAUCAAAGGUCCAAACCUAGACAUUGAAGGUCCAGAUGGUAAAAUCAAAGGGCCGAAAUUCAAGAUGCCAUCAAUAUCAGGACCAAACAUCUCAAUGCCUGACAUGGACUUCAACCUGAAAGGUCCAAAGAUGAAGGGAGAUCUGGAUAUGUCCGGAAACCUCAAAGCACCCAAAGUAGAUAUUGAAGGUCCAGAUGUUGACAUUGAAGGUUCAGGAGGAUUCAAGAUGCCAAAGAUGAAGAUGCCUUCGUUUGGAUUCAAAGGUCCCAAACUUGAGGGUCCAGAUAUUGAUGUCAACCUACCUAAAGCUGACAUUGACAUCAAGGCUCCCAAAAUUGAUAUUAAAGGUCCAGAACUAGACAUUGAAGGUCCAGAUGGUAAAAUCAAAGGGCCAAAAUUCAAGAUGCCAUCAAUAUCAGGACCAAACAUCUCAAUGCCUGACAUGGACUUCAACCUGAAAGCUCCAAAGGUGAAGGGAGAUCUGGAUAUGUCAGGAAACCUCAAAGCACCCAAAGUAGACAUUGAAGGUCCAGAUGUUGACAUUGAAGGUUCAGGAGGAUUUAAGAUGCCAAAGAUGAAGAUGCCCUCAUUUGGAUUCAAAGGACCCAAAGUUGAGGGAGAUUUUGAUGUCAAUCUACCUAAAGGCGACAUUGACAUUGAAGGUCCAGAAAUUGACAUUGCAGGUCCAGAUGGUAAAAUCAAAGGGUCGAAAUUCAAGAUGCCAUCAAUAUCUGGACCAAAGAUCUCUAUGCCUGAUGUGGACUUCAACCUGAAAGGUCCAAAGGUGAAAGGAGACGUGAAUGUUUCAGUCCCCAAGAUCGAAGGAGACAUCAAAGGUCCAAACCUAGACAUUGAAGGUCCAGAUGGUAAAAUCAAAGGUCCAAAAUUCAAGAUGCCAUCAAUAUCAGGACCAAACAUCUCAAUGCCUGACAUGGACUUCAACCUCAAAGGUCCAAAGAUGAAGGGAGAUCUGGAUAUGUCAGGAAACCUCAAAGCACCCAAAGUAGACAUUGAAGGUCCAGAUGUUGACAUUGAAGGUUCAGGAGGAUUUAAGAUGCCAAAGAUGAAGAUGCCUUCGUUUGGAUUCAAAGGACCCAAAGUUGAGGGAGAUUUUGAUGUCAAAAUACCUAAAGGCGACAUUGACAUUGAAGGUCCAGAAAUUGACAUUGAAGGUCCAGAUGGUAAAAUCAAAGGGCCGAAAUUCAAAAUGCCAUCAAUAUCUGGCCCAAACAUCUCAAUGCCCGACAUGGACUUCAACCUGAAAGGUCCAAAGGUGAAGGGAGAUCUGGAUAUGUCAGGAAACCUCAAAGCACCCAAAGUAGACAUUGAAGGUCCAGAUGUUGACAUUGAAGGUUCAGGAGGAUUUAAGAUGCCAAAGAUGAAGAUGCCCUCAUUUGGAUUCAAAGGCCCUAAACUUGAGGGUCCAGAUAUUGAUUGCAACCUACCUAAAGCUGAUAUUGACCUCAAGGGACCCAAUAUUGACAUUUCACGUCCAGAUCUCAACCUUAGAGGCCCUGAUGCUAAGUUGUCCAGUGGAUCCCUUGAUAUGGGAAGUCCCAGUUUCAGUUUUGACAAACCAGAUGUUAAGUUUCCUAAGUUCAAAGGUCCAUUUGGUAUUAGGUCACCUGAAGUUGAAGGGCCUGAACUGAAUAUUUCUCACGGAAAGAUGGAUGUGAAGGCACCUGAGGUUGACCUUAACCUAGGGGAUGCAAAUAUCAAAGGACCUAAAUUCAAAGCACCAAAGAUCCAUAUUGGAGGCAAGAGCCCCAAAUUAAAUGUUAAUUUGCCAGAGGUCGACAGUAGUCUAGAAGCCCCUGAUGUUGACGUUCAUGUCAAAGGAAAGAAAGGUAAAUUCAAACUGCCCAAAAUCAAAGGGAAAGCAAAGAAACCUGAUGUCGAUAUUGACCUUGAAACAUCAGGUGUAGAUUUAGAUGUUGACUCUCCUGAGCUUCACCUGAAAGGAGCAAAAGUAAAGAAACCUUUCUUUGGAAAACUUCAUUUCCCUGAUGUGGAAUUUGAUGUAAAAUCUCCCAAAGUUAAAGGUGAUGGCUCUCUGUCUGGUGGCUUGUCAUCUGGGAGUCUACAAGCCAAUAUUGAGGCACCAGAUCUAAACGUGCAAGUCCCAGAUGUAAAAACUAAGUCUAACAUAAAAUUUCCAGGGAUGAAAAUCAAAGGGCCACAGGUGAAUGUACCUGAUGUUGAUGUAAAUGUGAACAGGAAAAAUCUGAAAGGAGAGGCAAGCCUUUCAGGAGAUUUAAAAGGUCCUAAGAUAGAUAUUGGAGGAGGGGGAGGAAGAGUAGAUGUUGACUCAAAUGUUUCAGGAUUCAGUGGACUACAUUUCCCAGAGGGACACGUAUCAUUCCCCAAAAUCAAUGUUCCAAAGUACCAUGGGCCAGAGAUGGGAGAAGAUGUUGAUGCAGGAUCAAGAGCAGGGGCAGGGGCAGGGGCAACAGUGAGGGGUGGAAAGAUUGAUGUGCAGGCUCCUUCGGUUAGUGGUAGUUCUCCGAGCCUGGAGCUGCACAGUGGUGAGAAAGUAAAGGUCAAGAUGCCAAGGUUCGGUUUUGGCAAGUCAAAAGCAAAGGGAGGUAGUGCAGUAGAUCUUAGCUUUCAGGGGCCGGACGCAGAACUGGGAGCCGGUGGCGGCGUUAAGGGCUCCAAAGAGUUGAGUUUAAGUCAUGGGGAGUUAGUAAGUGGCAAGUUGUCUGUAGAGGGAGGAUCUGGGCAUAGUGUGUCCCCUAAGAGCAAGUCAGCCUCACUGGAUCUUUUUAAGAAAUCAAGGCAUCGGUCUUCCUCUGUGGCGAGUGACGAUGGAGAUCUGGCUGUGUCUUCCCCCUCAAGUCACUUAAGUGCUGAGGGUGGCGACAUCUCUGUAGAUGUUGGGAGGGCCAAGGUGAAAGGAAAGAAGUUAAAGUUUGGCACCUUUGGUGGUUUUGGCUCAAAGUCAAAGGGCUCAUAUGAAGUGCGACUGGGUGAAGAUAGUGAAGAGAGAGUUGAGGCAAGUGGUGUAUCUCUCCCCUCCAAAAAGUCUAGAAUCUCUUCAUCCUCUAGCAGUGACAGUGGGUCUAGAGGUGGUUUCCGUUUCCCAAAACUCGAGUUGUCUGUGUCACCAAAGAAAUGAUGAAUUGUGAGGAUAAUUAUAAACUACAACCCAAUUGUCUGUUCCAUGUACACAACACCCCUAUCUGCUCAAGUUUUUAAACUUGACAGAUGAGUUCACAUCUCAUCUCAAUGUAACAUUACGUGUGUGUUAUUCCCUUCGGGCUUCCUCCACACAUUUGACUUAUUACAUAUGGGGUAGAUGACAUUGUUCAGACUACAAUUUAACUGUAAAUAAGAUGAAUCUGUAUUGUAUUAUUAAGUAUUGUCUUUUGUACAUAGUCAAAAUUUAUUGAACUUAUUACCAUCUCACCAAAUUCAUACCAAUAGUGCCUCACAUGUUUAGUCCAAGUGUUGCAUUGCAUUCUUUUAAAAAUGCAUUUAGUUAAGAUUAGCUGUGUUAUUUUUGUAUCCAGACGGGGUCUAUUGCACAAACAUAGGUUAGUUUAGUUUGUUAUUUUGAAGAAAAGUAUGUUUAUAUACACAGACAACAACUACUUUUCGUUUUUAUGUAUGAAAUGAUUUACAUUUGUUUUGAAGCUUUGGAUAUAUAAUCGUUGCAGAAGCAUAUCUACUCAACAUAGAGCAGGGCCCUGUAUAACAUUCUAUCAAGAGUGACAAUGCUAUUAGAGACCAUCAUUGAAAAUAAAAACAAUGUUUAUGUACUCUAUAAACUAUAUUAACAGCUGUUGUUAAUCUUUGAGAGAGAGAGAGAAUGUCCUUUUUAAUUACAUUUUUUUUUUUUUUAUAUAUAUUUGUUUACACAUACAUUUGAUUACUACUAUUUGUCUAUUUUUCCCUUCAACACCUUUAAUUAGAAUUCUACUCAAAUGACACAUGACAUUUGUAUUUUUUAAUUGUUUUAUUCUUGUACAAUCAAGAGAUGGUAAUGUAAAGAAACAGAAUAACAGAAGCAAAUUGUGUUUUUAACGAAGACAUUGUCUUACAUUCAGACGGAUCACUCUCUCUCUCUCUCUCUCUCUCAAUGUCUCUCUAUUUCUCUCCCUCACUGUUUUGGUUAUACUAAAGAAAAUAUAUGACUAUCAUGAAUAAAGAGUCACGCUGUAUUAUAUUUGUUGUUGCACCUUUUACAGGUAAACAAAUAUCUGCAAUGUUAAUAACAGAGAACGAAAGCUGAAAAUGUCCUUCUUUUAUUUGAUGGGAGUUUUGAAUACUAUUUGGAUCAAUUGUGUUUCAUUCUGCAAAAUAAAUCUAAUAAACGGUUAAGAUACCAA